GCGACCCGCACCGGGCUGAAUCACCAGGAGGGAGCUGUGGCUGAGGACGCCGAGCCCUGGAGUGGGUGGUAGUCCCAAGACAGGACGCUCCUCCCUCCACAUUCUCCCCAGGUGUGCAGGGGCGAGAGCCCACACUGCCCCUUCCCACGCCGUGCCUAGGAACCCUUGCCGGCCUCAGAACACCAGCACCCUCACUCCUGUGCAGCUGUGCUCGGCCCCGGGGACCCUUCCUCCACAGCCAUGCUCUGGAAGAAACUGGGCUUCCGCAACUUCUCCAGCUGCCCCAAUGGCUCCAUCCAGUGGAUAUGGGAUGUGUUUGGUGAAUGUGCCCAGGACGGCUGGGAUGAGGCCAGCGUGGGCCUGGGCUUGAUCUCUAUUCUCUGCUUUGCUGCAUCUACCUUCCCCCAGUUCAUCAAAGCCUACAAGACAGGCAACAUGGACCAGGCACUGUCCCUGUGGUUCCUCCUGGGCUGGAUCGGCGGAGACUCUUGCAACCUCAUCGGCUCCUUCCUUGCUGACCAGCUGCCCCUGCAGACCUGGUGAUGCUGACGCUGUACUUUUACUACAAGUUCAGGAAACGCCCCUCUCUGUUGUCUGCCCCCAUCAACUCUGUGCUGUUGUUCCUCAUGGGGACGGUGUGCGCCACACCGCUACUGAGCGCCACUGGGCCCAUGGCUGCCCCGAGGGAAACCUUCCGGGGGCGGGUGCUCCUGUCCGUGGAGCCAGGCAGCAAGCCCUUUACUCGGCAGGAAAUCAUUGGCUUCGUCAUCGGCUCGGUCUCCAGUGUGUUGUACCUGCUGUCCCGGCUGCCUCAGAUCCGCACCAACUUCCUCCGGAAGUCCACCCAGGGGAUCUCCUACUCACUGUUUGCGCUGGUGAUGCUGGGGAACACGCUGUACGGGCUGAGUGUGCUGCUCAAAAACCCGGAGGAGGGCCAGAGCAAGGGCAGCUACCUGCUGCACCACCUGCCCUGGCUUGUGGGCAGCCUGGGUGUACUGCUGCUCGACACCGUCAUCUCCAUCCAGUUCCUGGUGUACAGGCGCAGCACCCCUGCCUCAGAGCUCGAGCCCCUCCUCCUCCCCAGCUGACCAGAGCCAAGCUGAGCACAGGAGAACAGGGACCAUCGGAAGCCACACCAGGCAGGGAGAGGUGUGGACAGUGACGGUGCUGCAGCCCUGCGUCAGCCUCUGGAUCCUCCAAGGAUGGAACCACCCCCCUCAGAACACACCUUCAGGUAGACCCUGAAGCCUCGAGGCAGGGGCUGCAGCAGAGACCCAGGGCCUCUCGGGAGACCAGGCAGCUGCCCCUCCUGCCACCUACCUCAUUCUGCCUGCUCACCCCAGGGGCCACAGCUGCCACCUGCUGGACUCAGGACUGUCCUGUCAACUCCAGACAACCGAGUAAACAGGGCGGACAUGGCGGCUCACGCCUGUAAUCCCAGCACUUUGGGAGGCCUAGGUGGGUGGAUCACAAGGUCAGGAGUUCAAGAGCAGCCUGGCCAACAUGGUGAAACCCCGUCUCUACUAAAAAUACAAAACUUAGCCAGGAGUGGUGGCAUGCACCUGUAGCCCCAGCCACCUGAGAGGCUGAGACAAGAGAAUUGCUUGAAUCGGGGAGAUGGAGGUUGCAGUGAGCUGAGAUCAGCCGCUACACUCCAGCUAGGUGACAGAGCCAGACUCAGUCUCAAAAUAAUAAAAAUACAACUGAG